AUGUCCAAGACAACCUUUGCCAUCUUUGCUGCUGCCGGCGCAGCUACCGGAGCAGGUGUCACAGCUCUUCUCUAUUCAUCAAAAUCCCGUGAACCGAAAUCUCCUCCCGCAACUGCCCUGGCAGUUCCAGCUACCACCUCCACGUCAACCGCUGUUCCACCCAUCCAUCCUCCCACGCCUUCCCUAGCCGCAAAGGCUUCCGCUGCAGCCCCGGUCGACCCUUCAGGCUUACUGCAAUAUGGCUUCCCAGGCCCCGUCAACGACCCUCUCAACACACUCCCUUUGGCCGGUGCCUAUGACCGACGGAUGCGAAACCCGUCCUGGGUAGCCGAACACAUCACCCCUUACUCUUUGUCGUUAAAGAACGCAGACCGCAAACACAGUGCCUUUGUUGAAGAUACCACAAUCCCUGCCAUGUUCCGCGGUAAAUUGUCCGACUACUUCCGCUCGGGCUACGAUCGCGGUCAUCAAGUACCCGCCGCAGACGCCAAAUGGAGUCAAGACGCAAUGGAUGCCACAUUUGCGCUGAGCAACAUGUGCCCUCAGGUUGGUGAGGGAUUCAACCGUGACUACUGGGCACAUUUCGAGGAUUUCUGCCGUAAUCUCACCAAGACUUACCCAUCCGUUCGCAUUGUGACGGGACCAUUGUACUUGCCCCGAAAGGAAGCCGAUGGCAAGUACAGAGUCACCUAUGAAGUGAUUGGUGAACCACCCUCCAUUGCCGUUCCCACACAUUUCUACAAGGUUGUCUUUGCGGAAUACGGCACAAACCCCACGGACAAGGUCGCUCUAGGAGCUUUCGUGCUUCCCAAUGCUCGGAUCUCGAACAGUACGCCCCUGACGGACUUUGAAGUUCCCAUUGAGGCUGUUGAGCGUGCUAGUGGGUUGGAAUUUGCUACGAAGCUGGAUGCUUCUCGUCGGCGGCGGUUGUGUCAGGAAGUGCGCUGUGAUAUUGUUGUGAGAGAGUUUAAUAACUCGCAGAAAUCACUGCCAGCACCUAGACGAUGA